CCAUGAGCGGGGCGCUCAUGGACUUACAGAAUCAGACGGCAGAGGAGUGCUGGAACCUGUUCGUGCGCGACAGGGCUGAGAUAUUAAUUAACAAAGGCGUGGAGCUACCUAAGUCGUAUGAACACCAACACUCGGUUUUAAACGAGAGUCGUUUUUUUAUUCUUUGUCUUCCAGUCAAAUACAUAUCUUACACUUCGGCCUUUUUACCUGCAAGCGCUCAGUUGAAAAAGUGGAAUGGACGGCAGGGUAUAUCGGAGAUACAAAAUGGCAUACUGGAAUUAUUUCUGCUGGGGAGUUUCGCUGAUGGUAAUGACAAUAUCAGCAGAAGCCUGUGUAUUUAACACUUUAAAAGUCACAGUUCCCGAAGAAUUAAAACCUGGAUAUGUCAUUCAUAAUGUGGAUUUAAAAAGUUGCUUGAAAAAUAGUGACUUUACUAUACAAUUAAGCGACCCUAACUUUGCAGUUCAACCAAGUGGCCUUCUAUAUGUAAAUACCAUGACUAAUAUACCAUCUGAAGGAAGGAAUUUGACAAUAACAGUUCAAAAUGAAGAAACAAAUAUGAAGAAUGACAUUUAUGUAAUUUUGUUAGCAGAAGACCACAAGGUGCAAAAACGAGCAUUGUUAAAGCGAGUAAAAAGAAAAUGGAGACCAUUGCCUUUCUCCAUUAAAGAGAAUGCAUUACCACCAUUUCCACAGGAAGUUCAACAGAUCCAAUCAGACGCUUCGCAGAAGUAUAACAUCACUUAUAAAAUAUAUGGAAUGGGAGUGGAUAAACCUCCUGUUAAACUGUUCUCUGUGAUACCUGAAACUGGAAUGAUACUUAUUCAUAGAUCUGUUGAUCGAGAAGAAAUUCCACAAUACAAAUUCUGGGCGCAAGCACUAACGCGAGAUGGUCAAAUUCGGGACAGCGUCCUUGACAUUAUUGUUAAUGUUGAAGAUGACAACGAUAACACUCCAAUGAUUCCAGCAGGACUAGUUAUAUAUGUACCAGAACAUUCUCCAUCUGGUACCGUAGUAGGGCAGGUAAAAGGGACUGACAGAGAUGAAGAGGAUACGCUCCAUACUAAGCUUAAAUACAGAAUUAUUUCAGAAAAUAACAAACUGUUCUAUAUUCAUCCUGAAACAGGAGUGGUCACCACAAUGUCAAAUGCUCUUGACAGAGAGGUUAAAGAUGCCUAUGAAUUGCUGAUUGAAGUAAGAGAUAUGAAUGGUGAGAUUUAUGGAAGAUCAAGUACAGGCAAUGUAACAGUCAAAUUAAGCGAUAUAAAUGACAAUCCACCAGUAUUUAAAUCUCAAUCUUAUAAGACAAGUAUUGAAGAAAAUAAGAACACUACUCUGUUGCUCAGAAUUCCUGUUGAAGACAAGGAUUUGAUAAACACUUCAAACUGGAAAGCUAAAUUUGUAAUAAAAAAAGGAAAUGAAAAUGGAAAUUUCUAUAUUGAAACAGAUCCUGUUACAAAUGAAGGGCUGCUAUAUGUCAUUAAGCCACUGGACUAUGAGAAGACCAGCAAGAUAGAUUUGGAAAUCACAGCUGAAAAUGAAGCAAAAUUAGUUGGGACAGGCACCUGGUUUAGUGUUCCAGUGACUGUCAAUGUAAUCGAUGUAGAUGAGGGACCAGAAUUUGAAGUACCUGUUAUGAAGUUCCGUAUUAAGGAAAAUGAGCCAAAUGGAACAUUGAUUGGCACCUACAGAGCUUUUGAUCCAGAAUCAAAGACUGCCAAUGGAAUGAAAUAUUACAAAAUAUCAGACCCAGCUUCGUGGAUUAAUAUUGAACAGAGCUCAGGUGCUAUCAAGGUUGCUAAUACCAUGGACAGAGAAUCAUCAUUUGUAAAGAAUGAUGAGUAUAACAUUACAGUGAAAGCUGUUGAUCCAAGCUUAAAAUCUGGAACAGGAACAGUUGUUAUUCAGAUUGAAGAUGUCAAUGACAACGUCCCAAGGUUCACUUUAAAAGACUUCUCAAUUUGCCAAGGAGGAGGACAGUUGGGCUAUGUGGAUAUUAAUGCACAAGACCUGGAUGCAGUACCUAACUCAGCUCCUUUUGUAUUUGAAAUUCCAGAUAAUAAAGAUGGAAACUGGAAGAUAAUAAAUGUAAAAGAAACGUCUGCACAACUUGCACAAGCAAAACCUCUUCUUAAUGGAAUUUACAGUGUCCCUGUAAUAAUUCGAGACCAGCAAGGCAAUGGAAUAACAGACACAGUUACUGUCCGUAUCUGCAAAUGCCAUGACUCAGGAUGUGUUGAACAACAAAAUUCAAUUGGAUUUGGAACAUGGGGCAUUCUUGCCAUGUUAUUAGGCCUUGCCCUUUUCCUUUUAUUAUGCAUUUUGCUAAACUGCUUGUGUAAGAAAAAACUAGAAAAAGCACCCAUUGAUGGUGGUGCUGAGGCAGUCUUACUUAAGUCAAAUACAGAAGGACCAGGUGAAGAAGUAAUGGCUCCAAAUAUAAAAAUACCUGGGUUUGUACCUGUUGAGGAUGACAACUUUCUGCAAAGUGCUAAUCAUUCUAGCUUAAAGAAUUCUCAUUUUGCAGUGAGUGGUGGUGAAAAUCAUUUAAAAAGAGACUCAUUUAUUCAAAGAGAUACAUUGAACCGUGGCGAAAGCAGUAUUUAUGGAAAUACUAUGCGUCAUUUUAUGAGGGUCGUCAAUAACGGCACCCUCCAGUCAAAUGAUUUUUAUGGAGAAUCUGGAGCACAGCAUUACACAAAUUCAUUGGAGGGCAAUACAUUAUGGUUAACCAACAGAAUAUAUCUUGAUAAGAAAAGAGAUUAUUUUGCUAGAGAAUGUGAGGAUCGAUUUGCGGAAGACAUUAUUCAUUCUUAUGAAGAUGAAGGCAAUGGUUCAGUGACUUCAGGUAUUGGGUGCUGCAGCCAGCUGAAUGAUGACAGUGGAUUGGAAUUUUUAAAUAAACUGGAACCAAAAUUCAGAACACUAGCAGAAAUCUGCUCUAAAAAAUAACCGUUGCUGCUUUUCCAGAUAAGGUUGUUUGAAGAAUAAUGACUACAAAAUUCAGAUACAUAAAGAACUUUUGAAAUACGUCAGUUAUUUGUUUUACUACGAAGUCUGAACCUCUUUCAACUGACGUCUACCAUUUGAGGUGCAAACUGCCAUCGGUUCUACUGAGGACGACGUCAAGCUACUCAAUAGUGCACCAAGUAUUAUCAUAGGUUUAACAGAGUCUGAAAAUACUGCAACAGUAUACAGUACACUUAAAGGUAAUUUUAGGUAUAGCACCUUUUGCAAUUUUCCACAUCAGUAGUCUUCAAAUGUUAUCAUCUUUUUGGUGUUUCAGUGAA